UCCAAUCCACAAAUUGAACAAUUAUCUUAAUUUAAAGGAGUGUUUGAUUUGAGACUAAGAUUCAAUUUAUUUUCUAAUAUAAUUCAAUUUAGGGUAUUUGGAUUUUAGAUAAAAGAUUUGUGAUCUUCAAGUUUGAAUUUUGAAGUUAUAAAAGAAAUUUCUUCCCAGUUGGCCUGCACUAAACCCUCCCUAUUUCACUGUCUUCUGCUUCAUCUUCUUCUUCCCCCAACACCCGCCAGAAUCUCCUAAAAUAUAUUCUUUAAUAUAAUAUAUAUAUAUAUAUAUAUAUAAUAAUUUAAAAAGAAAAUGAAUUGUCUUUCAAAAAUAAUUUAUACAGCUAAAUCUUUGAUUCUGCUAUCCAUCAAAAUUUAUGAUUUGUUACCAACCCCAGAUAUUCUCUUCUAUUUGCUUCAAAGCAAUGGCUUCUCUACUCUCCUUCUUCCCCUAUUUAUACACACACAAUCAACUGAAUUUUCUGUGUGAUUGACAUUUUUCAAAAUGGGUUCUCUGUUUUCACGUUUCUUCUUCCUCCUUCUUCUAUCCCAACUAUUUUUUACCCAAUGUUCCUCUCAUAAAUCCACCGAAUGUUUGCCUAGUCAUGACUCCUCAGACUAUAUAUCUGCUGUUGGAGACCCUGGAAUGAAGAACCCAAAUGUUAGAGUAGGAUUUGAGGCAUGGAAUUUUUGCAAUGAAGUUGGAGCUGAAGCUCCAAACAUGGGCAGCCCCAGAUUGGCUGAUUGUGCUGAUUUGAAAACUCUACCUUUUCGUCGUCAUAGCAAAUUUGUAGUUCAUAAAGUAAAUGAAUGGGACAAUAAACUUGGGGCUGGUCAGAAGUUCCCAUCAGAGGAUUUUAAGCCAUACCUGAAUCCAGAUUUGUAUGUUGUGGAGAAGGAGCGUUAUCUUGGUUCGCUAUGUGAGAAUGACGAUUAUUCUUCGGAUCCAUGGAGUUUCUGGAUGAUUAUGCUAAAGAAUGGGAAUUUUGACGUGAACUCUACUCUCUGCCCUGAAGAUGGUAAAAGGAUUAGUAAAAUUAUAACCGACAGAAAGUUCCCUUGUUUUGGUGAAGGUUGUAUGAACCAGCCUCUUGUUUACCAUAACUAUUCAAGAUUGGAGUAUUUAGGCAAAGGAAGGUUGUCUUUAACUGGUGGUUUCUAUGGAACGUAUGAACUUGAUGCUGAUCUAAGACAUGGUAUAGGGAACAACUCUUACUUUUCAGUCUCAUGGCACAAGAAUGUUACCACAGGAAGUUGGAUAUUUUCACAUCAAUUGGCGACCUCUAGUAAGUAUCCUUGGCUUAUGCUGUACCUUCGAUCCGAUGCAACAAGGGGUUUCAAUGGUGGAUAUCACUACGAUGGUCGUGGCAUUAUGAGAAAGUUGCCCGAGUCCCCAAAUUUCAAAGUGAGAUUAACACUUGACAUUAAAAAUGGAGGUGGAAAAGACAGCCAAUUCUAUCUGGUUGACAUUGGUAGCUGUUGGAAGAACAAUGGAGAUCCUUGCGAUGGCGACACUACUACAGAUGUAACUCGAUACAGUGAAAUGAUUAUCAACCCCGAAACUAAUUCACGGUGUAGGCCGGACAAUCUCAAGUCGUGUCCACCUUAUCAUGUUACUGCUUCAGGCGAGAAGAUACAUAGGAAUGAGACAUCAAGAUUUCCAUACUCAGCUUAUCACCUCUACUGCUCCCCUGGAAAUGCUAUGCAUUUGGAGGAACCAUAUGACAUUUGUGAUCCAUAUAGCAACCCAAUGGCUCAAGAGUUGAUGCAACUUCUUCCACAUCCUGAAUGGGCUGUACAUGGCUAUCCAAAGAACAAAGGAGAAGGAUGGGUUGGAGAUCCUAGAACUUGGGUACUCGACGUAGGAGCUUUGUCCAACCGCUUGUACUUCUACCAGGAUCCGGGAACGAAGGCUGGAAGGCGGAUAUGGACUUCGAUCAACGUGGGAGUAGAGAUAUAUAAAUUAGAUAUCGGUAGUGAGAGGGCAACAGCAGAGUGGAGUGUAAGUGAUUUUGAUGUCAUUGUACCUGUAGGAGCUGGGGAUGCCAACCCCUCAUCUUAACUUAUUAGGUAGUACGUCAAUUAGUAUCGUCAUGUCAAUUUUGCUCUUUUUUAUUUAUUUAUUUAUUUAUUUAUUAAUAAUUAUAGGUAGAGGUAGGCUCCUUAGGAAGUCUCAGAAGCCAUUUUACUAUAAAAUUAUGUGUUGUUGAUUGAAGGGACUUAAUUUAGUUAAGUGCUUAUGGAAGUAAUAAAGUUUGUAUGGUCAUCAAAAAAAACGUUUACUUCUUAAUAGCUGUGUAGAGAUGUUUGUUUGUACAACAAAUAUUUUGAUUGCCUUUAUAUACAUUUUACCACUUAUAAACUCAA